AUGCAAGAUGUCUCCGCCGCACUAUAUCCCGUCCACCGUUUCCUGGGUUGGCAACAGACCCCCUCGCCGACCCGCCUGAGCCUCAACGCGCUGCCGGCCGACAUCCUCUUCGAAAUUACGUCCUACCUCAACACGUUGUCUGGCGUUCUCCAGCUCAGCCUCGUUUCGUCCGUCAUCUACGCGAAGACCAUCUCUGCGAUCUAUGGCGCCGUCGAGCUGCAGGGCCCCGCCCAGUGUGAGGCCACGCUGCGCAUGCUCGAGCGGUGUCCGUACGUCACGCGGCACGUCCGCAAGCUCGUCGUCCGCCCCGAGAAAGAGCUGUCGUGGAGACCCCGCCUGCAGACGAAGGAGUGGGACGUCGCGGGCGACAUCUCGCGGAUAGUCGCUUCCGCUGCCGUGCAUCUGCGCGACCUGCAUGUGUUCGAGUGGGACGGGGAGGACAUGCUGCCGGACGACCGCAUGUGGUCCGAGCUGCAGCGUAGAUGUCCGGAACUACGACAUAUCGGCACGACCUUCGGGUGUUUCUUACCUCGCCCCACCAGUCAUCUAUUUAAGUUCAGCGGCCUCGAAGGCUUUUCGCUGAUCUUCAAAGAUGGCUUCUACGCGCACCAACUGCACCUCGCCUCGCGUGAAAGCGCGCCCGUCUUCUCCCGCCUGUGGGACAUGCUCGUGCAGCGAUGUCCGUACUUGGAGUCCCUUGCGAUCGCAGGAACCUCACUCGAGUCUUCGGAUGUGGUCCCACUGUACAGAACACGCUGGCCGUGUCUGCGAAGCCUCACCGUGGGGGACAUCGCCUCGGGGGACUUUUCCCUGCAUGAUCGCUUGGGCAUCCCCUCUUUCGUCGACUUCCUCGAGCGCCAUCCUACGCUCGAAGGUCUGCACAUCCUUCCCCCCUCGGACAUCCACCACCUCGAGCUCGCGCAGCUCGAGGAUGACGCCCUCCCACAUCUGAUGGAGUUCACCGGGUCCCUCGACCAUCUCCGCGCGCUGAUCAGCCGUGGACAAGGCGCAGGCGCAGGCCCAAACGCGAACCUAAAUGCACAGGUGCUUUGGGGCGCACAGUGGGCUCAGCACGUCCCGCUGAGUGACACGCCGCUGUCGAAGACACUGAAGCGGGUGUGCCUCCCGGAGCCGAUGCAGCUGAGGGAGCUCACGCCGCUCUCCAUCUCGCGCGUGCUGAUGGACCUCACGGCGUUGACGUCGCUGACCAUCACGUUCGCGCUGCAUAGCGGGUACGACAGCAACGGUGUGUUUCGCACCAUCGUCGCGUCGUGCCCGCAACUGCUCCACCUAGACCUCACCUGCACCACCAAGCCCUCCUUCUACCUUGACUCGUUCUCCCGCUCCGUCAAGAAGCUCGUCCGCCUCCGCUCGCUCAACCUCACGAUCGUCAAGUUCCACGGCGAAGAAGCGAUGCACCUCGGCGCCGCGCGCAUCGCGCUCGCCAACCCGCGCCUCGCCCGCUUCACGAUCAACUACAUCGCCGCGCACGCGCCCGCGCUCCCGCUCCUCGAGACCGGCUCCUUCGAGCUCCUCUGCGACAUGCACGGCCUGCCCGUGAACCUGUACGUCGCCGAGUGGCGCGCGGUGCUUUCGGGCGGCGGGGGCGGGGGGCUGAUCUGGCGGAACAUGGUCAGCGCGGGGAUGCUGUUGGGCAUCGGCGUCGGGACGGGCUGGCGCAGGUCGCACAGGGGGUGGACGAGGCGGUGGGUCUGCGAGCUCCGUCAGAGUGGGCAUCCGGACGUGACCCAGAAGGGCGUGGGCGAGCUGCUUCUUGAGCGGAGCCAGGCGGGCGAGGAGGCGCGGUUGCUCGCGCUCUGCUUCGGCUUGCUGCUCCUGGCGAUGUGGGGCGUCGUCUGGCGAGCGUCAGGUUACGUGCCUACGCUGCCAUCCAUUGGACGAGAGGACAUUGGGCUUGUCGUUAUGUAG